UUGAUCAUUUUGCAUUAGUUUUGUUUUCCAUCUAAACACGCAUUCAUCUGAAGAUGCAGACAGAGGUGUGUUAGAAGAGCGCUAGAGAGUCGAGCUGUAUCUUAAUGCAGUGUUUGCGAUCUGCGACUCCCGCAUGUCUGAGCCACUGACGCGUCACGCAGCGCCUUCUAUUAAAUGCAGAAUGUGACUAAAUUCCCGUUUGCCCAUUCCUCAAUUUGUCUCCACGCGCUCGCGAUGGUCUUAAGGUGAAUUUACGUAAUUCUAGGUGGAAACAAAGACGAGUUGAGCUCUCUGAGCUCGACCAGAUGGAGAGAGAGCAGCUCCCUCACCAAACUCCCCUGCGAUCCGGACGGGAUACAGAUGAAGAGAGGCCAUUCCAUAGCAUUCCCAGUGGUCAGGGGGAAGCGGGGAUUUAUGGUGCUGAUGCUGUGUCGAGCAACUGCUAAGAAAUGUCUGUGGAUUAAUAAUGCACUGCUGCCCAGUUUUUCCGCUGUCGAUCCAGAGGACAGCAGAUGGGACCGCAAAAUAGAUCGGAGGGACCAAAUGAACAGUGCAGUCCAAACCCAUAGGCUGUCCUUUCCUCACAAAAUCAAGACUCAAAACAGCAAUGGAUGCCCUGCCAGAGUAUUCCCUCUUCCUUGUGAGGAUUUUGGAGGAAUUGGAUACUAAGUACAGUACUGUUUCGUACCAAGACCUUUGUAAGUCCCUGUGUGCCCGGUUUGAUUUGGUCCAUUUGGCUAAAUUGAGGAGUCUGCUGUUCUACACAGCAUGCUUGGAUCCAGCUUUCCCCGCAACCUUGUUCAAAGACAAAAUGAGAUGUUCGGUGGAGGACCAACAGUCCAAGAAGCUCAUGGUGGCGGCGGACAUUGUCACCAUGUUUAAUCUCAUCCAGAUGAAUGGAGGUAUGGCCAAAGACAAGCUGCCGAUGGGUCCGAGACCCAAGUUUCACAAGAACCAGUCUUUUGAGUCCUGUCCAUCUGACACAGAUGUGUAUAAAUUCAACGAUAAUGACAGGGUGUACAACCUCUUGGACACCAGGGGACAUCAUGUCUCUCGGAAGUCACCCUGCCCAAAAUCUGACUGCAAUAACUGCCAGCAGUUUAUACCAACCUCAGAACCCAACUUCCGCUUGGGAGUCACCAACAAUCUGAAAUGUAGGGCAGCAUCACUGGAUAAACUGCAGCAUCUGCCACAGUACCCCACCGUCAGUCCUCCGCCGUGCGAGAUGCAGAGCACUUACUUCCCCAUGGACAUCGACAGCGAGUCAACAACUGACCAGGAAUCUCUCCAUGCCAACCCAGGGAUCAAGGAUGUUUUCAUGUCUAGCAGAGAGCCUUUCACCGUGCACUCUUGCGUGCAAAAGCGGAAUAUCUUCAAAGAGGAUUUCCACAACCUUGUUGCCUUUUCACCCAACGUGAUCACUAUGGAGUGCAGAGCGAAACCCAAAGCUGGUGGCGAGUACCAUCACAGGAGGGAGCUGAACAAGCCUCCCACUUUCUUCAAUCACAGUUUCGAGCUGCCGUACAGCAACCCUUACUUUGAACCCAUGAGUUCACCAAUUCAGAACAAAGCACGGGUGAAGCAUGAGAGCCUGGACGACUUGCAAGCAUCCACGUACUUUGGACCUACAACGGUCUCCGAGUGCGUGAGCAGCAGGAGGACUUCUAGCAAGCAUGGAAAACAGCCAGCCUGGCCUGUCAAGAGCUUGAGUCUCAAUACCGAAGAAGGUCCUGACUUUGAGAGGUCGUUUUUGAACAGCAAAGUGGUAAAGGACAAUCACCGUCAUAAUGUCAGUGUCAUGGAAAAUGGCCAGCAAUUUCAGUGUGCAAAGGACAAGCCCACUGCUUCUCCCUCAGGUUUCCCAAAGAAGUUCAAUGGAACCAAAACAAAAGAGUUGACUUCAGUGGCUUGCGGAGCCACUGUUGAGAAAAGGGAGGUUGGGAAAAGGUACAAGGACAAGAGUGUCAACUGUCCAUCAUUUCAGUCGAGCAAUGUGGACAAUGGCAUGAGUGUUGGGACCCAGACAGAACAAUCCGAAACAAGGAAAGCGAAAGAUUACGCCGGCCACAACAAAUAUGGAGAGAGGCCGCCCUUCAAACACUCAGAAGAGGACUCUGAGAUUGUCAGCGACGAUAUCAGUGACAUCUUUCGCUUUCUGGAUGACAUGAGCGUGUGUGACUCUCUUGGAGUUGUGCAGUCAUCGUGCUACAACAGCAACGGCUCACUGUCUCAGGUGACGAAAUCAGAUGGGGACAGCUCACCUGAACGCAACACUGUCAAGCUGGGCAAAACCACCAUCAAGCUCGACCGCCUCUUCCAGUCACUGGAGAACUCAGAUGAUGAGCUCAAAGAUAGCGUCUGCAAACUGGUACUCAGGAUUGGCGAGAUUGAGAAGAAGCUUGAAUCUCUUUCAGGGGUGCGAGGGGAGAUCUCUCAAGUCCUCUCGAAGCUCACUAGACUGGAUGAAAAGAUUCAAGAACCGGAGGCCAAUGGGAAAUCAAGUGAUAAUGGUCACGUGGAACAGAUUAAGACUGACGCGAACCUCUCGCCUCACGUUUUCCAGUGUCACACCACUGGACACAACAUGAAGGUGGAAAAAAGUCCAGAAUGGUGCUGCUCGGAGGCUGAUGGGAGUGAAAGCCUCAGGGUUAAAGCAUUAAAGAAGACCAUGCUCACUCGCAGGUCAUCCAGGUCGCUAAACGAAGAGAACAGUGCCACUGAGUCCAAAGUGGCCAGUAUCACCAACUCGCCUCGAGACUGGAGGACUGUUUCUUACUCCAGUCACACAGGGGAGGAAAGGAAAGAAAGAGACCGGCAUAGUGAAGGCAAGGACAGACACAGGAAACCCAGAGAGACAGAUCGGCAGUAUGAAGCCCACCAGGCCCACCGCUCCUCAAAGCCGCCCAAGGACUCCUACCUGGUGGAGCAGGUGUUCAGCCCACACCACUUCCCUCCCGCCGUCAAGACUCACGUGAAGGGCAGCCCUCUCUACACGGACCUGCGUCUGACCGGCCUCCCCGACGGCAAGCGCUCCCAGCCCUCCUGGACCAUCGAAGAGUACAAACACAACUCAGGAGACAAGAACAAGCUCAGCGCAUUGGACCUGCAGGUCCAGGAGUCACUCAACCCCAACAAUCUGGAGUACUGGAUGGAGGAUAUCUACACACCGGGCUACGAUUCGCUGCUCAAGCGCAAGGAGGCGGAGUUUCGCAGAGCCAAGGCUUGUAAAAUCGGUGCGUUGAUCGUUGCGGCCGCCUGCACUGUGAUACUGGUCAUCGUAGUGCCCAUCUGCACCAUGAAGUCUUGAGGUUUCUAUGGGACUAACAUGGGACUUCAUUUGCGGAGGUCUGUAAUGAGGUCUGAUUUCAGCCACCGGCCUUAGACUUUCCUGAAAAUGUCUAUCGAAAUAUAUCACAACAAAGAGUUAAGGAUUGCAAUUUGAUGUGUCUUUUUUUAUUUUGUUAGUCAAUAUUUAUAACUUGAAUAAAUGAUUUGUUAUGUAGUAGAUGGCCUUACUUAAAGGCUCGGAGAUGCACCUUUGUUUUAUAGUCCAGGAUAUAAUGUACCAAUAUGUUUUAUGUCUGUUUCUCUCUCUCUCUCUUUUUUUUGGUAUUGCAGUAGAAACUAAAAGGAAAGCUUUAUGUCUAAGCGCAUUCUAUUUUUUACUUUACUGUGAUUACGAGAAUGUAUUUUUCCGAUGAAUAUGCUAACAGAAUGUUUUAAAGACGAGUUGGAUUUAUCUUUGGAAAUCACUGGAGUGUUUGAGCUUGUGCAAUGCCUUUUUAUAAGGAAUAUAUAUUCAGAUAGCGCAAAUGUGUGCGUUCAGUAAGGAAUAGUUCAGGUGAAAAAGGAAGAGUCUGUCAUUGUUUAUUCACCCUCAUUUAUUUGUAUUUAUUAAAUAAAUAAUUGACAGAUUUGUAAUUUUUAGGUGAAUUAUUCCUUACAAAUGUUGAAGGGUUUUGAUUGUAGAAUGUGAGGACAGUAAAAUGACUCUUUUAAUGAUUCAGCUUGUUUGAAUAGUGACUUCAUUUCCUUUCGAUUGGACUGAUUCAACUGUUUCAAAAACAAUUAUAUCAUAGUACAUAGAUGCUUUCUCUUUGAUUGUGAUCAUAUACAGUAUACUUUGCCUUGUUUUAUCACAACUAAUCAUAACACUGUAUACUUGAACUGCCAAAUCACUUUCAACUAGCUCAGUUUUUCUCUGAAAGUCGAAUGUUUUUCUUGCGCUUAUUCACCAGACUGAUCUAAAAUUGGACCUGACAACAAAAACUGUGAACUUACCUUAAUGAUGUUCACUUUUGACGCUCUUUACAACCGUUGUAGGAAUGAUUCUUCGGAGAAGUCAAGCUGUAGGGCCGUUGAGUGAAAACCAGAAACAAUAUUGAACUCAGGCACUGUUCUAAAACUAAUGAGCUGCAUUUCUUUUCUAACGCCUACACAGACAGCUAUCUUCUGAGGCAGCAUCCUAACUGAAAUUAGCCCUUAGUGACUGAUUUGGGGUCCUCUAAAUAGACAGUAACUGUGUGCGUCAUACAAAUAAUGCUACAAAUGUGUAGCACACAGGAAACUUGAUUAACAAUUGAUUUCUGUAGUUUGCCACUAGCACGUUGCCCUUUGGAACCGCCUGUAAUGCCUUAAAUGCUGUUUAUGUAAUCAGCUCACUAGGUUUUGGAACAAUGUCUGAACAAAAACAGAAGAAAAAUCAUGCAAGCCAACUUAUAUAAGAAGGUUUUUUCUAUUAUCACAAUAUGUGAAUGUCAUAUGGAAUAGAGUGCUGCUGGAAUGAGUCCCAAAACCCAUUGAUUUUUUUUGCACUUCCAGUUCAACCGUCCUGAAGUCAAUGGGUUUUGGUUAAAUACAGUACCUGAGAUAAGGUCUGAGGUGAACACAACAUUUUUUGUAUUUCUAUUUUUUAAGUUUUUCCCUGUCUUGAGUUUGUCGGGAACAUUAAACAUCAUCACGCCGAACAGAAAAACUCAUCUACUCACUAGACUGCUUUAAUAGCCUUGCUUUUAUAGCCUUGUGUUUAUACUCACCCUUUUGCAAAGCAUUCAGAAGCUUAGUGGUGGUGAUGCUAAAGUCAUGCAAACAUUGCAGUUCAUUUUUAGCCUGCAAUUAACUUUUUAUUUCUGCUGAUUGUAUUUAGAAUUUACAGAUGUUGUGUUCCUUUGUGAGGUUAUCUUGAUGAACAAAAUGUGUAAAAAUCAUACACUUGUGUUGGUUAUUUCUACAUUACAUUAAGCCAAUGGAGAUAUCCAACUUCUGGGUUGAACUACAAAAAUCAUCCCUGCAGCACUUUAUGACCACUGCUAAUCAAAUAACAGUGCAUUGUUUGCACCCAACCAAACUCAAUGGUCUGUCUUUUACAGGUGCCACGAAAUUUAAAGGUGAAGUGUGUAUUUUUUUUUAUGUUAGAUUACUUUAUCCUAAAUUAAAGGAGUAGUGCAACCAAAAAUGAAAAUGUACUCACUCUCAAGCCUUCCAUAAGUAAAUUAGUUUGUUUCUUCGUGAGAG